UAUCAAAAUGCAGGUCAAAAUAGUGAGGGCGAACAAUAUUCCGUUUCUAGCCACGGGUAGUCGACACGGUUAUAUAACUACCUUUGGGGAUCUCCAAAAUGGCCUCGCUAUCGACCUGAGUCAGUUUGAUUCUGUGAAAGUCGAUAUUGCUUUAGGGACUUUGACAGUAGGCGGCGGAACUCGCCACAGAGACUUUUUGGAUGCCGUGUAUGAGGCGGGGCUUGAAAUCCGUAAGUAAUGACGGCCAUGUCGCCCCAAACGUACCAUGGAAUGAGCUCGUAUAUGUUGCCGAGUUUACAAUGGAUGGAAUUAACUGCGAAAGUGGCUUAGUCCGUCGCUACUAUUCAGCUAACGUCCAAAAC